AUGCCAGUGACCAAUCCUAAUCUUGAAGGCUACUAUGUCACUAGAGCCAUGUGGCUCCAAUUCUACAAUGCCCUGAAAGGUACAUUUGUAGCACCCAAGAAGUGCUCGGGCUGUUACAAUGACGACCGAUUUGUGGUUUGGGCUGUUGCUGUAGCGGUCCAGGCAGUUGUCGAUGGCGCUCGUAUUUAUCCAGAGCUAUUGCCGCUCGUUGAGCCUGCCGUGGACGCUUUUGCCAAAUACAAGAACAAACAUGUCAAUGGGUAUUCUGCGGCCGAAAACGGAGGCACCGAUAUGGAUAUCUACUACGAUGAUGAUGCUCAAGUGGCCAGUGCUAUGAUCACCGCAUACGAAGUGACUGGCAACAAGAAGUUUUUGGACCUUGGCCGGGAAUUGGUGCGCUUCUUGAUGGGUGGCUGGCACAAUGGCAUUGGCGGUGUCAAGUGGCACGUGUCCAAGACAUACGUCAAUGCUUGUACAACAGCCGAGGUUGCCAAGGCAUGUUUACAAAUUGCACAGUUCAUUCCUUCUGAAGCAAACGUCUACAUUGAUUUCGCCGCCAAGUGUAUUGACUGGCAAAUCAAGACAUUGCAGGACGAGGGCAACAAGUGUAUCAAGGACGGCAUUCAGCCAGAUACUAUGGAAAUCGAGAAUGGCCAGCUUUCCUACAACACAGGAACAACCUUGUCUUGCGCUGCACAUUUGUACCAUGUCACCAAAGACAAGAAAUGGAAAGAGAUUGCCGAUGGGUUGGCAGGAGCUGCGGUAUCGCACGAUUCGCCUUUCUUUGACCGUGAUUACCCCAACGAGAAACGUUAUUGGAACAACCCAUCAUUCUGGACGCUGUUGUUAGCCGAAGGAGUGGCGGACUACUUGUUGUACAUGGGACCAGAUGCCUCGGAAGAGCUAGUCAAAAGAAUCCACGAGGAGGCCGAGCGUCAUUUGCGUAUGUUCAUCAAGUACUCCAAGGACCCAGAGGACGGAUUGUACAUCCAGAGCUUCGAGCCGCACAGAACUUUCAAGGAAACGUAUGAGCGGUAUUACAAAGAGGAAUUUGGAGGGAAGAAAGACCCUGGUCUUAGAGCUGACGAUAAGGAGAAAGAUACAGACAAGCCACAGAAGUGUUUGAUGGGUCUUGGAGCGGGGGCACGUGUGCUCUUCCAGUUAGCCCGUGUGUGUCCAUCGCUUGACUGA